UUUAUACAGAAACGUCAUCACUGUAAAUAGCCGUAUAUUCAGUAUAGAAACGCAGAUCGCCUUGCUAUGCGCCAUAGUGCGACGUUCCUUUAAAACCGAAUCUCUGCAUUGAUUUCAAAUUAUUAUUUUUGUAUUGCAUUUUACAAACAACGAUAAAAAUGGCAUCUUCACCAAUAUUAAAUCCGGAAAUUCCUUAUGUGGGUGAAGUGGAAAAUGGUUUAGUACCUGGAAAGAUGGUCAAAAUUCAGGGCAGAGUACCACCACAGGCAGUACGAUUUGCUAUCAACUAUCAACUAGGCCCAAAUUUAAAUCCAAGGGAUGACAUUGCUAUUCAUGUAUCUCCAAGAUUUCCAGAGGGAUUCAUCACCAGAAACCAUAUCGAAUCCAUGAACUGGGGACCUGAGGAGAAUGAAGGGCCUCUGUGGCUUGUACCAGGACAAGGAUUUGAAAUAAUUGUCCUUUGUGAUCACAAUUGCUACAAGAUAGCUAUCAAUGGCAGACACUUCACAGAAUUUGCACACCGUCUACCUUACCAAAAAGUCACUCACCUUGUCAUUGAUGGAGAUGUGGAAGUAACUUCCAUUAUUUAUGAAGGUGGGAUUAGUGAUGCUCCACGUUCUCCAGGAUCUGUGCCCCUGCCUAAUGUACCUCCAGCAAACUUUGGACCACCACCACCAGGAGGCCUGUAUCCAACAUUAGGGCCACAAGGACCUCAACCAGGCUAUGGACCUCAACCAGGUUACGGACCACCUAAUGCUUACGGAGGUCCUGAUGGGUACAAUCCUCCACGGGCUUACGGUUAUCAACCUGGUCAAGAGAAACCUGAAGAGGAAGACGCAUUUGGCGGUUGCCUUGAUAAAAUGGGUCUUGCACUAGGAGGUCUAGUAGCUGCGGGAGGCGUUGCUGCCGCUAUGCACGCGAUGAACAAAAAGAAAGACCAGGAAAAUGACCAUGAAAAGACAGAAGCCUCGAAGGCAGAAUCUGGGAAUGAAGGUGGUUUUGGCGGACUUGGUGCACUGGGUGCAGCACUGGCUAGCAGUUUAGCCGCAAAUGCACUUCAAGGUGAUAACAGGCAACCCCAACCUGGAUACCCAUCUCAAGAACCUGCCGGCGGAGGUGUACUUGGCUCUAUUCUUGGAGCACUCGGUGGUGGCGGUGCUUCUCAACAACCAGCCUAUCCUCCUCCUCAACAACCCGCUGAUCCACUCGGAGGUGCUCUGGGAUCUAUCUUGGGCGGUGUUCUCGGCGGCGGCGGACAUCAACAACCUGCAUACCAACCAUCCGGAGGAUAUGGUGGUUAUCAGCCCAGUGGUGGUUACGGAAACCAACAAGGAUACGGAAACCAGGGAUCUGAUAAUUCUAAUUUACUAGGCGGAAUCGGAUCUGCUUUGUUUAGCUCUGCCCUCAGCGGACUCACCAAACAUAAAGACAAACCCCAAGAUAAUAAUUAUCCAUCACCGGCUCCACCAUCGAAUUAUGAAUCACGGAAUAAUCCGUCUCCACCGCAUUCAGCACCAAAUUCUGCCAGUCCAUCUACACCGGGAGGCGGUAAACUUUCUGCAGCUGAAAUUUCGCGAGGUCUUGGUCUUGAUGCCGACGAGGACUAAGCUUCAUAUUUUUAAAAAUUAUGAAAAUAACACAACGACCUGUUUCUAAAAUUGAUCGCACGCUACGUAAGUGUUGAUGCUCUCUUUACUUGUCUUUGACCUCACAAGAAUGAAUAUUGUAAAAUAAUUAGUAGCUCGUCUUAAUGUUUCUUCGUGGUUCCAGUACUAAAAGUACAGAUAAAACGCAUUACAUUAUGAAUUAUGUCAGAAGAUAUUAUAAAGGUUGCGACAAUCGCACGCAGAAUAACCUGAAAAUACUUAUGGGCACAUGCAUCUGAAGACACCAUAAGAAUUUCAUUUGAAUGAUAUUAAUAAUACAUGUACGAUUAAUAUUUAUUGAAAAUCUAUCGAGAAAAGGGCCGUACUUCGUUUCGAAUUAUAAUGAGAUAAAUGUACGCUCUUUUACGAUUCUUAUUAUGCGACAGCAGCUAAGCCAGUAGUCGUAUCAUCGGGAAAGAAUAGGUUUUGACAAGUUGCGAUAGCAAAAUAAUUAUAUUUUGCAAUAGAAAAUUAUACAGUUAAACUAAAUCUUUCGUUUCGUACAAAUUAUGAUUAUUUUUAUAAAGAUUUUAGUGGCCUUAGGAAUCCUAUGCCUUAUACUUUACAGUACCUAUACACUCGCUGUAUUCCAAUGAAAAAAAUAUUUUACAAAAAAUAAACCUAUA